AUGACAACCAUAACUGAAGCUCCUUAUACAACUGCAGUUCUUACUACGACAACAACAACUGCAACUCCUACUUUGACAACGGCAACUGCAGUUCCUACUACAACAAUGGCAACUGCAGCUCCUACUACAACAACCACUACUGCAGCUCCUACUACAACCGCAGUUCUUACUACAACAACAACAACUGCAGCUCCUACUUCAACAACCACAACCUCAGCUCCUACCACAACAACGGCAUCUGCAGCUCCUACUACGAUAACCACAACUGCAGCUCCUACUACAACGACCACAUCUGCAGUUCCUCCUACGACAACCACAACUGUAGCUCCUACUUUGACAACGGUAACUGCAGCUCCUACUACAACAACGGCAACUGCAGCUCCUAGUACAACAACAACCACAACUGCAGCUCCUACCUCGACAACCAUAACUGCAGCUCCUACUACGACAACCACAACUGCAGCUCCUACCACGACAACCACAAAUGCAGCUCCUACUUUCACAACGGCAACUGCAGCUCCUACUACAACAACCACAAAUUCAGCUCCUACUACAACAACCACAAAUGCAGCUCCUACUACGACAACCACAACCUCAGCUCCUACUACGACAACCACAAAUUCAGCUCCUACUACAACGACCAUAACUGCAGCUUCUACUACGACAACCACAUCUGCAGCUCAUACCACAACAACCACAAAUGCAGCUCCUACUUAGACAACCAUAACUGAAGCUCCAUAUACAACUGCAGUUCUUUCUACAACAACCACAACUGUAGCUCCAACUGCAACAACCACAACCUCAGCUCCUACUACGACAACCACAACUGCAGCUCCUACUUUGACAACGGCAACUGCAGCUCCUACUACAACAACCACAAAUGCAGUUCCUAAUACGACAACCACAACUGCAGCUGCUACUAUGAAAACCACAACUGCAGCUCCUACCACGACAACCACAACUGCAGCUCCUACCAUGACAACCAUAACUGCAGCUCCUACUACGACAACCACAACUGCAGCUCCUACUACAACAACGGCAACUGCAGCUCCUACUACAACAACUACUACUGCAGCUCCUACUACGAUAACUCCAACUGCAACAACCACAACCUCAGCUCCUACUACGACAACCACAACUGCAGCUCCUACUUUGACAACGGCAACUGCAGCUCCUACUACAACAACCACAAAUGCAGUUCCUAAUACGACAACCACAACUGCAGCUGCUACUAUGAAAACCACAACUGCAGCUCCUACCACGACAACCACAACUGCAGCUCCUACCAUGACAACCAUAACUGCAGCUCCUACUACGACAACCACAACUGCAGCUCCUCCUUCGACAUCCACAGCCGCAACUCCUACUACAACAACCAUGACUGCAGCCUAUACUACGACAAUCACAACUGAAGCUCCUACUACAACAACCACAACUACAGCUCCUACCUCGACAACAACUACAACUGCAGCUCCUACUACGACAACCACAGCUGGAGCUUCAACCAUGACAACCUCAACUGCAGCUCCAACUACAACAACCACAACUACAGCUCCUACCUCGACAACCACAACUGCAGCUCCUACCUCGACAACCACAACUGCAGCUCCUACUACGACAACCACAACUGCAGCUUCAACCAUGACAACCUCAACUGAAGCUCCUACUAUGACAACCACAACUGCAGCUCAUACCACGACAACCACAACUGCAGCUCCUACUAUGACAACCACAACUGCAGCUUCAACCACGACAACCACAACUGCAGCUCCUACUACGACAAUGUCAACUGCAUCUCCUACUACAACAACCACAACUGCAGGUCCUACUUUGACAACGUUCUUACUACAACAACCACAAUUGCAGCUCCUACUACGACAACUACAAAUGCACUCCUACUACAACAACCACAACUGCAUCUCCUACGACGACAAACACAACUGCAGCUCCUACUAUGACAGUCACUACUGCAUCUCCUUCUGCAACAACCACAGCUCAAGAUCCUACUAUAACAACCACAGAUACUGCUACGUUAGCAACAUCUGUGUUUACAUCAAACACAGCCGUCAUCACACCAACAUCAACUGCUCCUACAACAUCCACACCGCAGCGCCUACUACAACAACCAUGACUGCAGCCUAUACUACAACAAUCACUACUGAAGCUCCUACUACAACAACCACAACUACAGCUCCUACCUCGACAACCACAACUGAAGCUCCUACUACGACAACCACAACUGCAUCUCCUACUACAACAACCAUGACUGCAGCUUAUACUAUGACAAUCACAACUGCAGGUCCUAUUGCAACAACCACAACCGCAGCAACUACUACUACAACCACAGCUGCAGCUCCACCAACGACAGCCACAACUGCAGCUCUUACUACAACAACCAAAACUGCAGCUCCUACUACGACAACCACAACCACAGCUCCUACUAUGACAACCCCAACUGCAGCUUCUACUACAACAACCACAAAUGCAAUUCCUAAUACGACAACCACAACUGCAGUUCAUUCUGCAUCCGCAGUUCUUACUACGACAACGACAACUGGAUCUCCUACUACAACAACCUCAACUGCAGCUCCUACUACAACAACCACAACUGGAUCUCCUACUACAACAACCACAACUGCAGCUCCUAUUACAACAACCACAACGGAAGCUCCUAUUACAACAACCACAUCUGCAGCUCCCGCUACGACAACCACAACUGCAGCUCCUACUACAACAACCACAAAUGUGGCUCCAACUACGAUUAACACAACUGAACCUCCUACUACAACAACCACAACUGCAGCUUCUACUAAAACAACCACAGCUGAUGCUACCUGCUCCCUCAAGAACCAAAGUAUUACCAACUACAACCUCAGAGCCGGUGACAACAACUACAGCUGCACCAACUUCCGCAGCUUUUUACCCAACAACCACAGUUGCACCAUUGACAACAACUACAGCUGCUGUUAUGACUACAACAACUGCGGCUUCGUCAACCACAGCUGCUCCCACUACAACCGCAGUUGCACCAUUUACAACCACAAAUACAGCUACGACAACCACAGCUGGAUCUACAACAUCCACAGCUGCUUCCGUAACAACCACAGCUUCCCUGACAACUACUACAGCUCCUACUACGACAACAACAACUGCGAUUACAUCAACCACAGCUGCUUCCACAACAAUCACAGUUGCUCCCAAAACAACCACAGUUGCACCAACAACAGCAACAGCUGCAGCCACAACAACCACAGGUUUCCCCAGAACAUCCACUGUCACCCCGACAACAACCAUAGCUUUCCCCACCACAACCACACCUCCCACAACAACUACAGCUCCUCACCAGGACAACCUCAGCUGCUCCUACAACAACCACAGCAGCACCAACGACAUCUACAGCUGCUCUGCAACAACAACAUCCGCUACUGCAACAACAACAACCUCAGGUUUCCCCAGAACAACCACUGCCGGCACCACAACAAGCGCAGCAGCACCAACGACAUCUAUAGCUGCUAUUACAACAACCACAUCCACCCCUACAACAACCACAGCUUCUCCCACAACAACCACUGCAGCAGCCACAACAACUACAACUGCACCUGCAACUACUGA